CCUAGUGAGUACUGGUAGCCAGCAACAUAUCCAGCAUCGGUUUGUGGCCAUUCGUAUUCGUAUUAGGUAAACGCCGUUCGUGGUUGAGCAACUCCCCUACCACAGCCGCAGCCGCCUUCCGUCACCAUGGGUCGUAUGCACAGUCGCGGUAAGGGUAUUUCUGCAUCGGCUCUUCCUUACAAGAGAACGCCCCCAAGCUGGCUGAAGAUCUCCUCCCAGGAUGUUGAAGAUAACAUCUGCAAGUUUGCAAAGAGGGGAAUGACACCGUCUCAGAUUGGUGUGAUUCUUCGCGACUCUCAUGGUAUAGCGCAGGUUAAGAGUGUCACUGGCAGCAAGAUCUUGCGUAUCCUCAAGGCUCACGGGCUUGCACCCGAGAUUCCAGAGGAUCUGUACCAUCUGAUCAAGACGGCAGUCGCAAUCAGGAAGCAUUUGGAGAGGAACAGGAAGGACAAGGAUUCCAAGUUCAGAUUGAUUCUGGUGGAGAGCAGGAUUCACCGCCUCGCUCGUUACUACAAGAAGACCAAGAAGCUCCCUCCCAACUGGAAAUAUGAAUCUACUACUGCCAGCACCCUUGUGGCCUAGGCUCAAGGAGAUGACUUGGAGCUUUUGGGAUAUCAGAUAUUCAUGAACUCUGUUAGGAGAUUAGCUUGGAAAAAGUUCUUUGUGACAUGAUCCUAUUGUGAUACUUUACAGUGGAUUACAGCUCAGGAUAAUUGAUGCUUUUAAUGUUCUAGAUUUAACUAAAUACUUGCAGCCGGGAGCUUUAUUUCCUGUUUAUUUUGAUUCAUGAUUUACUUUUGCUUGUGGUGUUUAA